AUGGAGCUCACCAAAUUCCUCGCUGCCCUGGCAGUCUUCCUGCCCAUCGUCUACGGUGCCCCUACCCAGGCCGCCAACAACCUCCAUCCCGAGAUCCUAGCUGCCAUGAAGCGCGACUUGGGACUGGACGCCGAGCAGGCCAAUGUUCUUGUCGCCCGUGAGAUCAAGGCCACCGAAGUCAUCGAGCAGCUGCGCACCUUGGCUGGCAACUCCUUCGGUGGCGCUUGGCUCGUCGACGGCGAGCUCAAUGUCGCUGUCACCGACGAGGCCUUGACCUCCGAUGUGACCGCUACUGGCGCCACGCCUUUGGUUGUUUCCAAUAGCCUUUCCAAGCUUGAGGAAGCCAAGGCGGCACUUGACAAGAUAGACAUUGCCCAAACUCUUGACAAGCGCUCGGAGGAGACUGGCAUCGCGGCGUACUACGUCGACGUCGCUGCCAACAAGCUCGUCUUGGAGGCACUUGCCGGCAGUACCGCUCAGGCCGAGGAGCUGGCCAAGCAGGUCGGCCUCGUCGAGUCCGAGUUCGAGGUCCACACCGUUGAGGAGAUGCCGAGCACCUUCGCUACGGUCCGCGGAGGCGACGCCUACUACAUCAACAACAGCGCCCGAUGCUCUGUCGGCUUCUCAGUCACCACUGGCUUCGUCUCUGCUGGCCACUGCGGCAGCUCCGGUGCUGCUGCCACCACCACCAGCGGUGCUAGUCUAGGAACCUUCGCAGGUUCAGUCUUCCCAGGAAACGGCGACUACAGCUACAUCCGCGGUAGCAGUGGCAACACCUUCUCUGGCACCAUAAACAACUACAGCGGUGGUACAAUUGCUGUGGCUGGCAGCACUGCUUCCGCCGUCGGAGCCAGCAUCUGCCGCUCCGGCUCCACCACCGGUGUUCACUGCGGUACCGUCCGCGCCCUGGGCGCGACCGUCACCUACUCCCAGGGACGUGUCACUGGCCUUACGCAGACCAAUGUCUGCGCCGAGCCCGGUGACUCUGGCGGUUCCUUCUACUCUGGCUCCCAGGCCCAGGGUGUCACCUCCGGAGGCUCCGGCGACUGCACCAGUGGUGGCACGACCUACUUCCAGCCCGUUAACGAGAUCCUGUCCGCCUACGGCCUCACUCUGGUACGUGGCUAG